UGCACCCGGGUCUCUUCCAGCGUCAGACGCAGGGCACUGAGAAUGUGGCGACAGCGCGCAACGAUGAAGUAGCCCAGAGGGUCCCUUGGAAAAUGAGGCCAGGGUCCCUGCUGCUGCUUGUUCUGCUGCUCGCCCUGUCCAGGAGCCUGCGGGGCAAAGAGUGUGCGUCUCCACCCUGUGAGUGUCACCAGGAGGACGACUUCAGAGUCACCUGCAAGGAGCUCCACCGAAUCCCCAGCCUGCCGCCCAGCACCCAGACUCUGAAGCUCAUCGAGACUCAUCUGAAGACCAUACCCAGUCUUGCAUUUUCGAGUCUGCCCAAUAUUUCCAGGAUCUAUUUAUCUAUAGAUGCAACUCUGCAGCGGCUGGAACCACAUUCUUUCUACAAUUUGAGUAAAAUGACUCACAUAGAAAUCCGGAACACCAGAAGCUUAACCUAUAUAGACCCUGAUGCCUUGACAGAGCUCCCCUUGCUCAAGUUUCUUGGCAUUUUCAAUACUGGACUUAGAAUAUUCCCUGACUUGACCAAAAUUUAUUCCACGGACAUAUUCUUUAUACUUGAAAUCACAGACAACCCUUACAUGACUUCGGUCCCUGAAAACGCAUUCCAGGGCCUAUGCAAUGAAACCUUGACCCUGAAACUGUACAACAAUGGAUUUACUUCAGUCCAAGGACAUGCUUUCAAUGGAACAAAGCUGGAUGCUGUUUACCUAAACAAGAAUAAAUACCUGACAGCUAUAGACAACGAUGCCUUUGGAGGAGUAUACAGUGGACCAACUUUGCUAGAUGUGUCUUCCACCAGCGUCACUGCCCUUCCUUCCAAAGGCCUGGAGCACCUCAAAGAACUGAUCGCAAAAGACACCUGGACUCUCAAAAAGCUCCCGCUGUCGUUGAGUUUCCUCCACCUCACUCGGGCUGACCUCUCUUACCCGAGCCACUGCUGCGCUUUUAAGAACCAGAAGAAAAUCAGGGGAAUCCUGGAGUCUUUGAUGUGUAAUGAGAGCAGUAUCCGGAACCUUCGUCAAAGGAAAUCAGUGAACAUCUUGAGGGGUCCCAUCUACCAGGAAUAUGAAGAAGAUCCGGGUGACAACAGUGUUGGGUACAAACAAAACUCCAAGUUCCAGGAGAGCCCAAGCAACUCUCACUAUUACGUCUUCUUUGAAGAACAAGAGGAUGAGGUCGUUGGUUUCGGCCAAGAGCUCAAAAAUCCUCAGGAAGAGACUCUCCAAGCCUUCGAGAGCCACUAUGACUACACGGUGUGUGGGGACAACGAGGACAUGGUGUGUACCCCCAAGUCGGACGAGUUUAACCCCUGUGAAGAUAUCAUGGGCUACAGGUUCCUGAGAAUCGUGGUGUGGUUUGUCAGUCUGCUGGCUCUCCUGGGCAAUAUCUUCGUCCUGCUCAUUCUGCUAACCAGCCACUACAAAUUGACCGUGCCGCGGUUCCUCAUGUGCAACUUGGCCUUUGCAGAUUUCUGCAUGGGGGUAUACCUGCUUCUCAUUGCCUCUGUAGACCUGUACACACACUCUGAGUACUACAACCACGCCAUCGACUGGCAGACGGGCCCUGGGUGCAACACGGCUGGCUUCUUCACUGUUUUCGCCAGUGAGUUAUCAGUGUACACACUGACGGUCAUCACCCUGGAGCGAUGGUACGCCAUCACCUUCGCCAUGCGCCUGGAUAGGAAGAUCCGCCUCAGGCACGCGUACACCAUCAUGGCUGGGGGCUGGGUUUCCUGCUUCCUUCUCGCCCUGCUCCCGAUGGUGGGAAUCAGCAGCUAUGCCAAGGUCAGCAUCUGCCUGCCAAUGGACACCGACACCCCUCUUGCACUCGCAUACAUUGUCCUCGUUCUGCUGCUCAAUGUUGUUGCCUUUGUUGUCGUCUGUUCCUGCUAUGUGAAGAUCUACAUCACGGUCCGAAAUCCCCAGUACAACCCUCGAGAUAAAGACACCAAGAUUGCCAAGAGGAUGGCUGUGUUGAUCUUCACUGACUUCAUGUGCAUGGCGCCCAUCUCCUUCUAUGCGCUGUCGGCACUUAUGAACAAGCCUCUAAUCACUGUUACUAACUCCAAAAUCUUGUUGGUUCUCUUCUACCCCCUCAACUCCUGUGCCAAUCCGUUUCUCUAUGCUAUUUUCACCAAGGCCUUCCAGAGGGACGUGUUCAUCCUGCUCAGCAAGUUUGGCAUCUGCAAACGCCAGGCCCAGGCCUAUCAGGGUCAGAGAGUCUGUCCCAACAAUAGCACUGGUAUUCAGAUCCAAAAGAUUCCCCAGGACACGAGGCAGAGUCUCCCCAACAUGCAAGAUACCUAUGAACUGCUUGGAAACUCCCAGCUAGCUCCAAAACUGCAGGGACAAAUCUCAGAAGAGUAUAAGCAAACAGCCUUGUAAAGGAAAGGCUACGCUAGUCACAGUGAGACUUACAAAAGGCUGGUUUCUUGAACAUGCGUUCCAGUCCCGUGACAUGUGAACACAUAGGUUCAUGCAGGUGAUGAUUCAUAGGGUCAGAGUUCAUCUCUAGAAAGUAUUGCCUCUAAGAAGGAAGAGACGCUAUCAGCAUAUCUGAGUCCUAGGUGAUAUGACAAUCGCCUAUGCUCGCUGGGAGAUUUGCUUGUUGCUUGUCUAUGAUGCCAUGCAACAUGUUCCACAGACACCAGUUGAACCAUUCCCACAUCUUGCUUCUCCAUUUUAUGUAGUGUUUUAUACUAAAGACUCAACAACUGGCCAGUGUUCAUCAUACUCCAUAUUAGCACCCCUGAAAGAACCAAAGAAAUGUUUUUAUUCCUUAAAAAUAAAAUGCCAAGGUAAAAUCUGGACUGUUAAUAAAAAAAGAUUAAAUAAAAUUAAAUAAAUAAAUAAAAUGCCACACUUGGAAGGUGGAGGUAGGGGAAUCCAGUUCAUACUUAGCCACAUAGAGAAUUCCAAGCCAACUUGUGCUACCUGAAGCUCCACCUCAAGCUACCAAAAGAAGCCUGGAAAGCCAAACAUAUAGAUGUCACAUAAUUGCUUUUAUUAAACUGAAAAAAAGAGCACGUCUAGUUUUGAGAGGUUUUUCUUUGUUUUUCUUCCUUAGACUCUGAAUCAAUCAUCACCAGGCUCUGCCUGCCGUGACCCAGCUGUUACACGCUGACUGGAGAAACUGCCAAGGUUUCAGCUUUUGUGGCUGAGCAAACUUAAGAAUUAUCUUCUCAUAUAAAACAUGAGCUCCGGGAGAGAUUUCUAAGGACCACAUGGGAAUGAGGACAGGGCACACUUGGCCACGUGUUGAAUAAGACAACUAUAUACCAGUUAACUUGUCGGGCUUUGAGCAAGUCUCUGGACCUCUAAAUUCUGUAGAAAUGGGGGGAUUUGAUGCCCUCUUCCAUUAAAAAACAAAAACAAAAAAACCUAGGUAUAUAUCCCCCUCAAAAGAUAUGUGUGACAAAGACAAAGAAAACACUACUUAAGUAGACUCGGUUUUUUCUACCUUGUGACGCUGCUGUCUACUUCUUUUAGGAACCAGGACAUGUGACCCAAGAUGCUUUUUCUUUAUUUCAUUCUGAUCAUCGUGUCUGAACCAAAAGUUCUAUUGAGUGACUGACUAUGUGGAGCCAGAUCCUAACUAUUCAUCUAAAUUAUUGUAUCUAUACUACUGUCAAGUCCAAGACAUACUGGAAUUUAUAUAAACUGUUAAUAAUACAGCCCAGCUCAUGUGGUGCACGCCUUUAAUUUCAGCACUGGGGAGGCAGAGGCAGGUAGAUCUCUGAAUUUGAGGCUAGCCUGGCCUAAGACAGCCAAGUGUACACAGAGAAACCCUGUUUCAAAGAAAAAAACAAAACAAAAUAGACUACUAAUAGAGUUAAUAUGUGACUAUGUAGGCUCACUUUCAAACAUUUAACUCGUUCUUCUUCUUUUUUUUAAGCUCUCCUGGGCUCACACCACACUAACACUGUCAAGAGAGAAAUCUCUUUACUGACACUGCCAGUCCCUUCUAACCCUGCCAGUCACUGACAUAAAACAUGUGUGUCCCAAGAGUUGCCUUGCUUCAAACAGGAACUGCAUCUCCAGGUGUACCCUCCAGGUAGCCAGUCUGGUCAGGCUCUUUACCACAUUGUUACGGAGUCCCCAAGCAGAUCUGGCAUGCUCUUCUCAGUGCUCAUGAGCCAAAGCAGGAACUAUAAGGGGCUCGCCACUUUCAGCCUAUGAAGUAGGGUUUAUGGGUCACCUGACAUGGCUCCUAUCUGCCUGGCCUGGGACUCUGUCACGGUCUCACAAGCACCGGCUUCCCCAGCAGUUCACGUGUAACUACUGAAAUUAAAUAACUGUGCUACCCUGUG